CCAUUAACUAAUAUGCGUCAUUUGUACUUGAUUAUGGUGUGUUAUUCGAGACGUGUUGUUUCAAAAAUUUUAUUUAUUAACUUGUGUAAGUGAAUGCCUAGUGAAUAAACAUUUUUAGUAAUAAUAUUUAUGAAGGUCGACAUUUCGUAUUCUCUUAAUUCAUAAGUGUAAACAAAACAAUGAAACAAACAAUAAACGAAAAGUCAAAGAAAAAUGGUUAUCAGCUAGAUGAUGAUAAUGUAAGAUAUAAAAUCAACAAAGAAUAUUUCAAUAAUGCCAAUAAGCAAGAACCUAAAAUUUUAAAAAAGCAGAACAUAAAUGAACAAGAUGAUGACAAUGUUCGCUAUAAAUUUCCUUCACCAUCUAAAUCUAAAUUAUUGGAACGGAGACCAAAACCGAAGCCCAAAAUUAAAGUUAAUUUCUGGAGUAAUAAACAAACAGUGAACAGACUUAAUAAAGCUGAUGUAAGAAAGGAAAAGAGCAUUCGCAGGCAUACUGUUAUUGGCAGUGUUGACGAACACACUAGUAAACCAAAAACGUCUGCGGUUAAAGUCCGCAAACGUGUGUCUUUCCUCCCAUCACCACUGUUUCUGGACAAUCAUGUACCAAUGGUUACUGUACCAGAUGAUUUGACGAUACAAUUAAAUGAAGAAGAAGCUAAUGACCUUGGUGAAGACCUUAACCUUGCAAUUAGUAAUAGUAAAUCAACAGAAAAUAAAUCUAAUGAUAAUUCAGGGAGGAAAGGCAGAAGUUCAAUAACACAGACUAGCCCUAGAGUUUCUAAACGUAAGCGGAAUUCUGAGGAUUCAGAUACACGAUCUCAAGGCAAUGAGUAUGAAUUAGAGUUCUUUUCAAAAUAUGUCGUUCAAAAAUUAAGAAGAAUGGAGACAAAUCAGAGAAUUUACUCUGAAAAUUUGAUUAACACAGUUCUUAUGUUAGGUCAACUUGGUGAAUUGAACGGUAAAUCAAAAAUAGGCAAGGCAUAAUAUAUUUACAUAUUAAUUUCUAGUACUUCGAUAUAAUAUAUUUACAAUGUAUUAGUGAAUAACAUUUGGAGAUCUUAUUUUCAUGAAGUAAUACUGUUUAAUAUACUAUAUUUAUAACAUAGUAUAUAAACUGUGACCAUUUCCAGCCAUUAAGUAACUUAUACAUUUAGAUAGUAAUUGAGGUUCUAGGUAAGUUGGUUUUGAAUUGUUUCUUGUUUAGUAUUUAACCAAGUCAAUUGAAGGCUUACAGAAUUAUCAAAAUGUUGUUGCAUUCAUUGUCUUACAGAUUAACUUGUACUAAAACUACAAAAAUACUCUUGAAAUGUGAAUUUGUUUGAGAUUGAAGUGUAGUUUAAUUGUUGUUUAUUAAAUUCAAUUUGUAUAAAACUAUAUUUCCUAAAUUCCUUAAAUUAGGUAAUCGAUGAAGUUUAAAGUAUACUAUUAAUAUUAAAUUAAGUUUGUACAUUGUUCAGAUUUAUCUAAAAAUUGUAUCUUAAUAAAAGAAAACAGAUUCUUUAUUAAAGAGUUGACAUGUUGCAUAUAUUUAUGUACAUAUCAUGUUUUUAACUUGUAGAUUUUUCCAUGUGUAAAUGAAUAAUUAAUUAUAUUAUUGUAAGUAUAAAAGAGUGUUAAAAUAUGAGGAACAUUUAUCUGUGAAAUGUUAGUUUGUUUUUAAUUUAAUCAUUCAUACUAAAUGAAUAGGUUUCUGUGAUGUUUUUACAUGAAAAGUAUAUUAACAGUUUAUUGUAAACUUUUUUAAUUUGCUAGUUGAAGCUAGAUUUUUUCCUAUAAAACGCACAGUUUAAAUUAUUUCUAUUUACUGUUUAUGUAAAUUAAGUAAGAAAAAUAUAUAAAUAUUUGUUUAUACUGGUUCUAUAAGAUUUAGGCAUUUUGAAUGUUUCCAAAAUAGAUUUGUUAGUUUUACUUUGAUUGUGAAUAAUAAUAAUGAGUUCUAUAUUUCAAUAUUUACGGUAGGUUAGUGAAAUUCUUUCACACUACACUUUUCGACCUCUGUGUUUACCGAAAUCAUUUUAGGGUUUUCUGUUGAUGGUCCUAUUUGUUUGUAUGAGAAUGGACUGCCUUACUAAUAAAUCAUUUUCGAGGAA